CGAAAUGGCAAAGCUUUUUUUAAUAUUUAGUAUUUUCACACUUCUUGCAACUAUACCAGACUCCAGUUUUGUAAAAUCGGACUUAACAACGAGAGAGCGAAUAAAGAAACAUCAAGAUUGGCUGAGAGAGCAUCGAAAACAAAAAACGAAAAAAAAUCUAUCGAAUAACUCAUAUUAUGAGCUUGCAAAUUUAUGGCAUACGAGAAAAGAUUUAUCCGUUAAGCAGAAACCAAAUAACAAGGAUGCAUACUUGGAAAAUGAGACCACUAAUAAAAUGCCCAACAGGAGCGAAGAAAAAGUAUUAAAGUCAACUAUUAUAUUAAUGAAUGCAACCAAUCAAAGUACAUCGACAUCCAAAACUUUUUUGGAAACAACAACAUUGGCAAGUAUAACUACCAGAGAUCCCGUAGAAAAUGGUAUUGUACCGACAACAAAACAAAUCCUAAGUCCUGAGGAGGUUUUCUCAUCGCCGCAUCCGCCAAAAGAAGUUACUACCAAAAAAACAAAAAAGAAAGUUUAUCCAUAUCCUCGGUGGGAUAAGUGGAGUAACUGGAGUGAAUGCUCGCGAAGUUGCGGUGGAGGCGUUAAGUAUCAAGUUCGAAAGUGCAUUAAUCGCAACCUAUUGACGAAUAAUCAGCUUACGAGUAAUGCAUGCGUUGGCUAUUUCAAACGUUAUCAGCUGUGCAAUGAUGUGCCAUGCGACCAGCAAUCCCCGGAUUUUCGGGCUUCUCAAUGUACAACUUACAACGAUAUUGAGUUUCAUGGUCAUCGAUAUAGGUGGGAACCUUAUGUGAAGGAUGAUGCUGAGUGUGAGCUAAACUGCAUGCCAUUUGGAAUGAAAUCUUUUGCUACUCUUAACGAAUCUGUAAUCGAUGGUACGCCAUGUCAACAUCCUGCUGAAUAUUAUCGAUCUCAACUUUGGAACCGCGCUGUUUGUGUGGAUGGUGCCUGCAAGGCUGUUCAUGCCAGUGGUGAAAUCGAUGGAUUAUAUGCUCACAGUGGAUCAGUGAGUUGUGGAGGAUUACUUUGCCGUCCUGUCACGGGGAUCUUCACCAGAGAUCCCCUCCCUGAACUUGCUUAUAUACACGUUGCCAACUUACCAGCGGGUGCAUCCAAUAUUUCAAUAACGGAACUCAAGAAUAGCAUAAACUUGCUGGUUCUUCGUACUUCUAAAGAUGUAUCCAUUUUCAAUGGCGACAACAGUGUAUCUGAAAGUGGAUCUUAUGAAGCUGUUGGUGCCGUCUUCGACUAUCACCGAAUCGAUGGAGCUCUGGAUAGUAAGGGGGUGACCGAGUGGAUCACUAGCAUUGGACCCAUCAGGGACUCAUUGCAACUUAUGGUUUUCACAAAGACACCUAACAAUACUGGUGUAAAGUACGAGUACAUGCUGCCGAUAAUAUCCGAGUCCGAGGAAAAUGAAAUGUCAUUGGAGAGUAGCGAUGGCCUGUUGAAAUCCGGCAUCGAGGACACCAGUUCAUCCAGUUCGAGCUCAAGGGCGGGACGAAAGCGUAUCUUUAAUUGGAAAGUAAUUGGUUUCAGUAGCUGCACGAAAUCCUGCGGAGGUGGCACUCAGGCACCCAUUAUACGUUGCAUUCGAAAGAAUCCAUUGCGGUAUUACUCGCAACGCCGUUGCAUGCACUCCGCGAAACCGGUACUCAAUGAGAACCUAUUGCACUGCAACACGCAACCGUGUCCGGCUUAUUGGAGAUUUGAUGAUUGGGGUGAAUGUCGCUGUACUAGUGGCAUAGGUUUCCGAAAGAGGGAGGUAAGUUGUGUCCAGGAGUUGGCUUCCGGUCUGGUCAUCCACGUUGAUAAGGUCGCCUGCAUGGAGGAUCAACCAGCAACUCAGAAACAAUGUGAAUGCCCUAAAACCAGGCGUCGCAACCUAUCUCGAUAUCGAAUCCAAGGCAAUUCAGAGUCCACGAAUACGACUCAAGUCAAGAGAAGCAAAAUCGAUGGCACCGAAGCGAAUGCUAUCUGGUUGAUGUCGGAAUGGAAUCAGUAUUGUUCUGUCACUUGUGGUUCAGGUGUUGAACAUCGUACUAUAUUUUGUGAUCGUUCCAAGGCCGGUGAGCAGCGUUGUGAUCCCAGCACAACUCCCGAUAGUCGUCGUCCUUGCGAAAGGUCCAGUUGCGAAGUGGGAGAUUGGUUCACCGGUCCUUGGUCCUCGUGUAAUGGCGAUUGCUUUGAUUUGACACGGACCCGAGAGGUGUUGUGCAUCCAAAACCAGCUAAUCAGUGAGCCCAAGGAAUGCACGCCAGAACUGAAGCCGGCAUCCGUCGAGAAAUGUUCGCACGAGGAGGUGGAAUAUUGCGCCGCCCGUUGGCAUUACUCGGAUUGGUCAGAGUGUACAAAACCAUGUGGCGGUGGUACCCAGCGACGCAGUGUAAAGUGUUUGGAAUACGAUAUAAAGUUGAACGCUCUUCGGGAAGCUUCACAAUGUCGGUACACAACCAGGGAGCCCAUUUACCGUAAUUGCAAUGCGCAAAAGUGUGAAGAAGUGCAAAAUACUGAACCUGUAUCGACUUGCACCGAUAAGUUCGCCAACUGUCAAUGGGCUUUCCAAGCGAAGCUGUGUAGCUACGAUUAUUAUCGCGAGAACUGCUGUACUUCUUGUACGGGUGGCAUUUAAAGUUUAUAGUUUUUAAGAAUCUUACUUAAUUUAUAUAUCGAAUCAUUAACCGCCGUGCAUGAUAGCUAAAUAAAAUACUAUUAAGUUUUACACCGAAUGACAUUUCGUUAGCUUAAACAUAUAGUAUUUUCUGACUCUAAGCUCAAAAUAAAGCUUGCAGGGAAAUGCAAAUGGUAAAAUAUCGGUCAAGAAAACUGUAUUAACGCAAUUAAAUAACACAUACUAAAAUAAACUAGAUGAAGACUAAAACCACAUAAUUAGUAAAAUUCUGCAUUAUCUUAAAAUUAACAUUAAGGAUCGAAAAGCGAUAUUGUUUAAUAUGCAAAAACUUUAAUAUUAAUAAACCAGAGAUUAAAAGAAAGUGUGCAUUUUUUCUCGUUUAAGAAUAAAUAAAUCAAAAUAA